AGAGAAUUGUUUAAAAGUUUUGAAUAAUACCUAAAUGUCAAAGGAAGGGAUAUAGAUUUUCCUUUUCGUGAAAAAACCUCAAAAUGUCCAACCAAAAAAGAAAGAAGACAAGAAAAUUGAGAGGACAUGUCAGUCAUGGACAUGGUCGCAUAGGAAAACACCGUAAACAUCCUGGUGGACGUGGUAAUGCAGGUGGUAUGCAUCAUCAUCGCAUUAAUUUUGACAAAUACCAUCCGGGUUACUUCGGGAAAGUUGGCAUGAGGAAUUAUCAUUUAAGACGACAAUAUAAAUUUUGUCCAACAAUUAAUCUAGAUAAGUUAUGGUCGUUAGUACCAGAAGAAAAGCGUCAACAAUUAGAGAAAGAGAAAGAAAAGGCACCAGUUAUUGAUUUAGUACAAUUUGGAUAUUACAAAUUGUUAGGAAGGGGUCACCUACCUAAGAAGCCUAUAAUUGUAAAAGCGAGAUAUUUUUCAAAAAAAGCUGAAGACAAAAUUAAAAAGGCUGGUGGUGUUUGCCUGUUAAAAGUUUGAGAAUUUUUAAGUAUAAAGGUGA